AUGUCGUCCUCACCUCAGGGGGUAACCCCCUCCGACACCCCAUCCACCUCCAGCUCCACCAAGUCCGGAUCUCACACGCCCCAGCAAAAACCAGCCAACACAAACAGCUACCAGUCCGCCGCUUCUUACUUCUCUUACCCUGUUAGCCACGUCGUCUCAGGACUAUACAGACGCCUAACAGAUCCUAAUAUCGCCUCCGAAAUGCCCUCCUCCACCUCCUGGUCAUCCCCAGAAGUCUUCACCCCACGCCGAACAGCCUCCCCCUUCCAACCUCCACCCCUCACACCUCUUAGCCUCACAAUACCCAAAGGUGCAGAUCUGCUCCAACAACAACUUCUCACUCGCGCCCUAGCUGAGGAAAUCCGCCUCCUCGUUCCUCCCCGCCUCCAACUCGUUGAAAACUGGCGUCUAGCUUAUAGUCUCGACCGCGACGGCGCAUCCCUAUCUACCCUCUACGAUAAUUGCCAAGAAUUCUCUCACCGUAGCCCGCGGGCGGGCUAUGUUCUUGUUAUUCGAGAUGCUUCGUCUACCGGCGCCGUGUUUGGCGCUUAUAUGACCGAUGCGCCGCACCCUGAUACCUCGUUCUUCGGCACGGGCGAAUGCUUCCUUUGGCGCGCUAGCGUCCUUCCUCCACCUAUUAAUCUCGGUCUCGCGUUUCCCGGUGACGGACUUCAAUCUGAGGAGGCAUUGGAACGCGCUGGUCUUCCUCCUCCUCCGUCUGCGGAUACAACUCACGCCGGUCGCUGGAGUACCAUACGCAAUGAUCCGAAGUCUAAGUCCAAGGCCGAAAACCCUGCGCACAAUCUCAACCUGAAUAUCAAGACCAACCUUGCUGCUGCUAGCGGGGGUGCUCUGGCACCUCCCUCGCCAUCAUCGAUCAACACAUCUCGGAGUGGGGCGAGUACUCCCGAGCGCAUUCGCUUCAAGGCGUUCCCUUACAGUGGUGUCAAUGAUUAUAUGAUGUUUUGUGAGACGGGAUUCUUGAGUCUUGGUGGCGGUGAUGGACAUUAUGGCCUAUGGGUAGACUCUGGCCUUGAAAAGGGCGUGAGUGCGCCAAGUCAGACAUUUGGUAAUGAGCCGUUGUCUGAUGAAGGUGUUAAAUUUGACAUUCUGGGGGUCGAGGUGUGGUAUGUUGGUUCAUAA